UUUGUGUCGGCACAGUGUCUGGCGUCCCUUAAAGGGAAAGUGUCGCCGUCUGCUGGCGUGUCGACUGUCGUCCAGGAGAACGUCACCUUCCAACAAUGGUUCCAAAACUUCUGGGACCGGAUAGACCGGGGUCACCGAUGGGCAGCGGCGCUGGCUAACGGCUCUCUUCCCGGUGGGAAGUGAGGUUGUCGGCUAAAAGAGCGAGAUGCAGUCUACCCCCGUCGAGGUGGGCGACAGCUCUGUGCUCCAGGUGUGCUUCCCCAGCACUCAGGCCUCGGUGCUGGACAGCCUGAACCAGCAACGAGAGGACGGCCGGCUCUGUGACCUGGCCAUCCACGUCCAGGGUCACGUGUUCAAGGCACACCGCUGCGUCCUGGCCGCCUCCUCGCCAUACUUCCAUGACCAGGUCCUCCUGAAGAACAUGUCCACUGUCUCCAUCCCGGCAGUGAUGGACCCGCUCGCGUUUGAGAGCGUGCUGAGCUGCGCCUACACGGGUCAGCUCCGGAUGCUGCGCGAGGACAUCGUCAACUACCUGACGGUGGGAAGCGUCCUUCAAAUGUGGCACAUUGUGGAUAAAUGCACCGAGCUGCUUAAGGAAGGCAGGGCCGCAGGGGGAGGAGCAAGCGGAGGUGGCGCUGUCCCACAAGCCUCUGGAGGCGGAGUCUCUGCUAUCGUAGGUUACUGCAACAGCAACGGGGUUGCGGGUGGAAGCGAUGACAGCCAUGGCCGGGAUCAAGCUCGACUGGCGGCGUCACAAGAGACCUCUCGUGCCUCCCAGCCUCCAAGCCGCCCAUCAGUGAGCGAGAGCCAAUCUCCCAGCAGCACAAACUACUUCAGCCCCAGGGACGGCGGACCUGUCACGGCUGGAACUUCAGUGGAAGGAGGCAUGGCCAGCAACACGCCGAGCUACUGUACUCCAUCUGGGGAGGAUGCCUUCAUGAUCGAAGAGGACGAAGAAGAUGAGGCAUACCACCAAAAAAAGAGAGGAAGAGGAGUGGGCAGCGGAUGUAGGAAGAAAACCAACUCUGUGUCGGAGGAGGAAGUCAGCGAUGGCUUUGGCGUUUCCUCCUAUCAGGACGAGGAAGACUCGUCGGAGUCGCCGCUGCAGAAACGCCCCGCCUACAUCCAGCCAAGCAUCAUGCCCCGCAAGCAGUGGGUUGUGGUCAAAACGGAACAGGUGGAGGACGACGACCUCAUCGUGGUGUCGGGGGAAGAAGGCGGAGGGGAGGAAGAGGACGACGACGAGGAGGACGAGAGGGGAGCGGCGCCGGGCAGGGACAGAGACGGAGGGGACUUCGGCAUCUCGCACGUUCGAACUCUGUCUGCCGAGGCGGGAGGCCGAGCCGAGAGCGACAUGGACGCGCAGAUGGACUACUGCCAGUCUUCAGAGGACUUCCUGAAGUUCGAAAGCAGUUUAUUGGACCCGGCUUUAGCUCAUCACCUUCACGAAAACUCUGCAGGUCAGAACCAGAACUCCAACCGUGCAGUUUCUGCGCUGUUGGGCCAGGUUCAGGCUGCGGCCACGGCCCGCGCCCAGCUCUACCCUCUGGACAUGCAGGGGAACCAGCUCCUUGUCUACGGACAGACGCCCGGACUCUCAAUGGACGCCGCCGCACCGCCUCCUCUGGGCAUGGCGGGUGCAAUGAUGGUCGGCGCCUCCUUCAAAGGGCCCAGUGUGGAGCAUGGCCCCGCCCACCUGUCGGCUCAGGGCAGCAUGGGAGGCGAGGGCGCAGACGGCAGCGGCGCAAGUAUGGGGAAAGUGUUCAUGUGUCACUGCGGGAAGACGUUCACGCACAAGAGCAUGAGGGACCGCCACAUUAAUAUGCACCUUGACCUGCGACCGUUCCACUGCCCUGUGUGCGCCAAGAAAUUCAAGAUGAAGCAUCACCUCACCGAGCACAUGAAGACACACACGGGCCUCAAACCGUACGACUGCGUCGGCUGCGGCAGGAAGUUCAUGUGGCGCGACAGCUUCAUGAGGCACCGCUCGCACUGCGAACGCCGCGGCGGGCCGAGCCAGGGCUGUGACAGCGGGCUGAGAGGAGGGGGAGACGAUGUCUCAGAUUUAAAUCCCGCCAAUCACCUCCUCCCGCCAGGCGAGGGGGGUCUGGGAGGAGGGGGACGAGGAGGCGUGCCCGCCUCUGGGAGUAGCGGCGCCAACAUGACGGCCACAGGGGCGCUAGUGGGCGUGUCCUCAUCAAGUCAUGGGUCCGGGAUGUUCGGCGGUCCGGCUUUAGGUCCCACCGUGUGCGAAGUCGACGCCAACGACAGCGUGACUUAACCCAGACUGGACUGACGCAGACUCGUGCAGAUGGUCAACCUUUUUCAAAUGGACCUUUAUGUUGCAUAUUAGACCACUGGGAAGCUUGAAUCUAUUGGACACAGUAAAAAAAAAAAAAUGGCUGAUCUUUGUGAUGAACAUGAUCAACUUUGGAAUUUAAUUAGCUGGUACGUGCAGCCAUUAACAGAAUAGUUUAUAGAACUGUUUCUUGAUAGGUAGAUUUCAUAGGGCUCAAUGAUAAACCGCCCCAUUUGCUAAUGCAAGACUUUUUGUAUACAAGCCACGCCCACCAGGCACUCAGGAACAACACUAUAAGGCAGUGGUUCUCAACCUUUUUUCAGUGAUGUACCCCCUGUGAACAUUGUUUUAAUUCAAGUACCCCCUAAUCAGAGCAAAGCAUUUUUGGUUGAAACAAAGAUAGUAAAAUAGAUAAAGAAGUAAAAUACAGCACUAUGUCAUCAGUUUCUGAUUUUUUAAAUUGUAUAACAGUGCAAAAUAUUGCUCAUUUGUAGUGGUCCUUCUUGAACUAUUUGGGAAAAAAGAUAUAAAAAUAACUAAAAACUUGUUGAAAAAUAAACAUGUGAUUCAAUUAUAAAUAAAGAUUUCUACACAAAAAAGUAAUCAACUUAAAGUGCUCUCUUUGGGGAUUGUAAUAGAAAUGCAUCUUCACAAAAAAAGGAAUCUUAAACAUCAAUAUUUAUGGAACAUGUCCACAAAAAAUCUAGUUGUCAACACUGAAUAUUGCAUUGUUGCAUUUCUUUUCACAGUUUAUGAACUUACAUUCAUAUUUUGUUGAAGUAUUAUUCAAUAAAUAUUUUUAUAAAUGAUUUUUGAAUUAUUGCUAUUUUUAGAAUAUUUAAAAAAAAUCUCACGUACCCUUUGGCAUACCUUCAAGUACCCUCAGGGGUACGCAUACCCCCAUUUGAGAACCACUGCUAUAAGGAAUAGUAUGUUUGAAUUUAAUUGAAUCUGUAAAACACUAUCUGCUGGAUUUGUGUGGUCAAAUGUCUGAAAUCUUCCAUCUUCCCAGUUUUUUAGAAUGCAACAUGGCAAAAGAAACGAAGGAACGCUGCAGUGUCGUGCUGUGAUCUUGUAGUUACGUCUUCAUGGCUUUUUAAAACUGUUUGAUUUGUGUGUUUUUUUCCCCCCGUAUAAAAAAACUUAUUGUCGGCACGCAGGUACUUGAAUUGAAAAGUGGGAGGUUUUUAGACGUGGAGGCGGUUCUGAUGACUCUGCAGAGGUCAGGGUUAAUCUGCCCGGCAACAUAAAAAAAGACAGCGUUUGUGACUUUGAGAAGACAGAUUGGGGAAUUAGAGAACUUUUUUUAAGAAAUAAUGUUGACUACUACUAGUAAUACUACUGCUCGAUGACUGUAAUACUGAGAAGGAUUUGAAAGUUUAAGAUGCUGCUAUAGCAUUGAAUGUAUUUAAAGUCUAUAUUUGGUCUCCCUGGACAGAAACACCCAUGUUCUAUGUUAGCACAUUCUGAAUCCAUUCCACGGGUCUUACUUUGCAGCUUGCAGCUCACGCACUGUGUGGACAUUUGUGUUUCACCUCCUUGUUUUUAUUUAAAAAAAUCAUAUCUGCCUCCAACAACCCUGACUUACUGUGUGAGACAAGUAUAAUGCAUCAGUUUGUUGUUCUCUGCGUGAAAAGUGCAAGUAAUUUACACUUUUGACCUCUCCAGAUGAACAGGAUUCCCAUCAAAAACUCGACGACCUCAUAGUUCCUUUGACUUUGUUGAAGAAGCGAUUUCCCUGUUUAACAAAAUGUCUCCGCAUUUCUUCCACAGUCCACUGUUGCUGCAUCUUUACUGCUGUGCUUCUAUUGUUCACCAAAGUAACAAUAAAUUAUUAGGUGCACAAAC